GGCAGAGGAGGAGAGUUGGAGGGAGGCUGCCAGGAACAAAAGCUGCAGAGGAGCACCAUCGCCGCUAAAAGAACAACAGAGGUGUACCGGAGGAAGGAGGUGGGGGUGGUCAUGAGACAAUAAGGCAGGGGGAGAAGCAUCCUGUAGUCAGUGAGGACUGAAACCGAGGUCUUGUCUGCUUUCCAUGUUUUCGGGCACCCUCGUCUCCAAAGCCACGGGACAAUGUCUAUAUCGGGGAAGAAGGAAUUCGACAUGAAGCAGAUCCUGAGGCUCCGCUGGCGCUGGUUCAGCCACUCGUCCCAAGGUUCGGCCGGCGGCGGGGGCGGCGGGGUGGGAGGUUACAUCCAGGACGACCACCGGGGGACCCCCGGCCAGGGCCGACUCAAGAGCCACUCGCGGGAGAGGGGGGGACUACGGAAGUCCAGCAGCCCGGCACGCGGCAUCCUGGCACCCACGCCCGUCUGUGUCAGAGCGGGUCAGCAGGCAUGGCAGCAGCACACGGUGCCGGGCCUGCGGGUCAGCCAGGACGCCGCCAAGAGCGCCUCCUCGCCCGGCGGCACGGCCAGGAAGGAGGACGCCGACGCGGGCAAGGACGACGUGAAGAGCAGCUCGGAGGAAACCGCAGAGGUGGAGGCCAGAGAGAGGUUGGCUAUCAGCACCUUGACCAGAAUGAACGCCAACUCUUCGGACGAGUUCUUCCAGGCCACGAACCACGCCGAGCAGACUUUCCGGAAGAUGGAGAGCUACCUGCAGCACAAGCAGCUGUGUGACGUCCUCCUCUUAGCGGGCGACCACAAAAUACCGGCUCACAGACUCGUCCUGAGCGCCGUCUCCGACUACUUUGCCGCCAUGUUCACCAGCGACGUGAGGGAGGCCAAACAGGAGGAGAUCAAGAUGGAGGGCGUUGACCCGGACGCGCUCACUUCCCUGGUUCAGUUUGCCUACACUGGUGUCCUUGAGUUGAAAGAAGAGACCAUCGAGAGUUUAUUGGCGGCAGCUUGCCUGCUGCAGCUCUCACAAGUCAUCCAGGUUUGCUGCAACUUCCUGAUGAAGCAGCUGCAUCCGUCCAACUGCCUGGGAAUACGCUCCUUUGCCGACGCCCAGGGCUGCGUGGACCUGCUCAACGUGGCUCACAACUACACUAUGGAAAACUUCCUGGAGGUCAUUCAGAAUCAGGAGUUCCUGCUGCUGCCCACGGCCGAGAUUGUCAAACUUCUGUCCAGCGAUGACAUCAACGUGCCCGACGAAGAGACCAUCUUCCAGGCUCUGAUGCUGUGGGUGAGACAUGACGUCCAGAAUCGACAACAGGAUCUCGGGGUCCUCCUCUCUUAUAUCCGGCUGCCUCUUCUUCCUCCUCAGCUCAUUGCGGACCUGGAGAACAACAAGAUGUUCUCUGAUGACCUGGAAUGUCAAAAACUGCUGAUGGAGGCCAUGAAGUACCAUCUUCUGCCUGAGCGCCGUCCCAUGUUCCAAAGUCCAAGAACCAAACCCAGAAAGUCCACAGUGGGGGCUUUGUAUGCUGUAGGAGGCAUGGAUGCCACCAAAGGCUCCACCACCAUUGAGAAGUACGACCUGAGGACCAACACCUGGGUCCCAGUGGGAGUCAUGAACGGACGCCGACUGCAGUUUGGUGUGGCCGUGAUAGACAACAAGUUGUACGUGGUUGGUGGACGGGAUGGACUUAAGACGUCCAACAUGGUGGAGAGUUACAACCCUGUCAACAAAGUGUGGUCAACCAUGCCUCCCAUGUCAACACACCGACACGGACUUGGUAUCGCUGUGCUGGAGGGCCCCAUGUACGCUGUCGGCGGCCACGACGGCUGGAGUUAUCUCAACACGGUGGAGCGCUGGGACCCGCAGGCCCGGCAGUGGAACUACGUGGCCAGUAUGUCCACACCACGGAGCACCAUGGGAGUGACUGCGCUCAAUGGGAAAUUGUUCGCAGUCGGAGGCCGCGACGGCAGCUCGUGCCUGAGGUCCAUGGAGUGCUUCGACCCUCACACCAACAAGUGGAGCAUGUGCGCCCCCAUGACCAAGAGGCGAGGAGGGGUGGGCGUGGCCACGUACAACAACUUCCUGUAUGCCGUGGGAGGACACGACGCCCCCGCCUCCAACCACUGUUCCCGACUCUCGGAUUGCGUGGAGAGGUAUGACCCUAAGACGGACACCUGGACCACGGUGUCCUCCCUCAGCAUCCCUCGAGACGCUGUGGGUAUUUGCCUGCUGGGAGACAGGUUGUACGCUGUGGGCGGAUAUGACGGACAAUCCUAUCUGAACACUGUGGAGUCUUACGACGCGCAGAACAACGACUGGACGGAGGAGGUCCCUCUCAACAUUGGCAGGGCAGGUGCCUGCGUGGUGGUGGUGAAACUGCCUUGAGCGCUUUCUUGUUGUGCCGCGCCUGCACGACAUAAACAAAUGCAGAGGAGAGGACAAACAAAACAAGAAGGACGCGUCCUCCGAGAGACCCUUUUGUUUUCUUCCCGGAUUCCAGAAAGGAGAAAAACAUCAGCCGGGCCUCUCCCCCAUCAUUAGCCCAUCGGGGAGGACCCCGCUCCCAAACUGGAAUGUGCAUUCUUGACAUUCUCAAGCGAUGGAGAAUUUUUACAGACUUGGCGAAUCGGCGCCAAAGAGGUUGAUGUAUUGCUUUGUUAUUCUGUAUUUCACACAACGCUCUCUGCUAAACGACAUGUUUUUACAAAAAAAAAAAAAAAACAUUUUCCUAUAGGUGCCAUCUCAAAACUGUGUAUUUUUAGACCACUUUUUCCCCCUUUUUGCAGCCAGUCAAACAUGUCACUGUGAAUAACGACGACGCGAAUGCAAUGUAAUCGAGAUUUCCGGUGAAUGAUGUUGAAAAAUAAAUAAAAUGUUUCUCAUGGAGCUCGUGGCGCGACA